AGGGCGGAGCUGGCCGAAGAUCCGGAGCAGCAUGUGGACGCUCGGGCGCCGCGCGGUCGCGGGCCUCCGGCCCCGGCCGGCGCCCCCGGAAUCUGCCCACGCCCGCGUCGGCGCCCCGCGGCCGGCGGAUACCGCCCGACUCUGCUGCCUCCGGGGACUGCGCCCUGGGACAGCCGCGGCCUGCGCGCCGGCGCCCGCCAGUUUCACCGUCCAGUGCCUCAGCCCGCUGCUGCGUGUGAAGAAGCAGAAAGUCUGUCUGAUGACCUUGAGGACGUCCGGAGAGUCAGGUGACCCCGGCUCUCUAGACGAGACCACGUAUGAGCGGCUGGCAGAGGAGACGCUCGACUCGCUGGCUGAGUUUUUUGAAGAUCUUGCAGACAAGCCCUAUACGCUGAAGGACUAUGACGUCUCCUUUGGGAGUGGAGUCCUGACGAUUCACCUGGGCGGCGAUCUGGGGACCUACGUGAUCAACAAGCAGACCCCAAACAAGCAGAUCUGGCUGUCAUCUCCAUCCAGUGGACCCAAGCGUUACGACUGGACUGGGAAAAACUGGGUGUACUCUCACGACGGCGUAUCCCUCCACCAGCUGCUGGCCACAGAGCUGACGGAAGCCUUAAAAACCAAACUGGACUUGUCUUCCCUGGCCUAUUCUGGAAAAGGCAGUUGAUGCCCCGCCCAGUUGUAAAGACACGAAAAGCUGUCAGGCUGUGACCCCAGCAUGCCUCUGCAGCUGAGCCUCUGGAGUUUGCAGCCCGCCUUGGAGGACAGGUGCACCGAGUGGCGUCAGGCCGAGGAGAGGCCGUGUCGCUUCCCACUCUGCCCCAGUCUCUGCAAAGGUUUUCCAUCCAGUGUCUGACUUCUUCCCUCAUGGGACAGGCUGUGUUUAACAGUGUCUUACCCAUCCCUUAACACAAACACCUUACAAAAAGAUGACAACAGGAAAAAAUUCUGCGGAGGAAUGAACGGGCUUCACUCUUCAUUCUUUGAAGGAUUUACUGCAAAAGCUACACAGAGAGCAGCUGGCUGACCUCACCACGCUCUCCUAGAGUGAUAUUCAUUAAAAGUAGACUGGAAAUGUG